GAUUGGCUGUUUAUACCCUAUAAUUAUGUUAUACAGUGUCUUCAGGUGUGACUGCUGUGGUAGUUCUACUCCUACUCUUAGUCAUUGCCAUUUUAACAGCUGUUGUCAUAGUGAAACGAAAACAAAGGAACCACAAAGGUGAUGUUGUUGUAUCAGAUGGAAGAGUGGAUUUGUCAUCAACAUUGCCAGGAAUUGAACAGCCUAACGAAGCUCAUGCUUACUCAAUAAGAACAUUGCCUAUGAGCAGACACGGAUACCAAGACACAAUGAACACACCACCACCAUCGUUACCACGGUAGUAACAAUGGAGGAUGAGAGCACUGAGCCAAGUCAUGAAUACGAAGAAGUAUUGCUCUAAAUAUUCAAAGCAUUUCAAUUUAUAAGUCUGUGCAAUAAUAAUUAUGUUUGCAUAAAAAUUAUUGUCACGGUGUUGCUUUUGAUAGGCUUUGAUAGAUCUAUAAGCACUUAGGCACGUGUGUGUACAAGUUAUAAACAAUUCAAGUGAUGGCACAGCUAUAUUUAACCAUAAUCUCUCUGCACAAAAUAAUGUCAUAACAAUUAUUCACUAAAAUGUUACUUGUUUGGUUAACGAUCUUUAUUGCGCCCACAAAUGCAUGUGCAUGCCUUAGGCCGGAAGAGAUAUCUGGGAAGAGAUGGAUCUGAGAUGGCUCUUUCUUUUAACCGCUUUUGUGGUAUCUAUAGAAGCUCAGUUCACAGUACAACCAGUGUCAGUGGUACAGGCCCAGGGGAUAGAUGCAGUGUUUGAGUGUCAGUAUCCUGGAGCACAAACUUACAUUUGGGGGCUCAAUGGAGAGUUUCCUUCACACAAUAGCCUUCCACCAGAUGUGACUGUUACCCCACCGUCUGGUGAUAUCCCAACAAAACUGAUCAUAGCCACAGGGCAGCACAAUAUCAUUGUUGUGCAGUGUGUGGCAGUGGUUAGAGACGGACAAAUAUUUAUACCUGAAUUAUCAGUAAAUGCUACCUUGCGAGUACAAGGUCCUCUUUCAGCUGUCUCCAACCUCCAUGCUCAUUCAUCAAGCACCAACAUCACAAUCACCUGGGAUGCUCCCUUCUCUCUUAACCUCACCACAGCUGAACCAGACAUACAGUAUUGUGUGGAUGUGUACGAUAGUGCCACUGGUGUUCUACUACACUCUGAGUGUGGUAUUAUUGGGGAACGCUACACCUACUCUCCUAGCAACCCCUGCUCAACGUAUGCAUUGUUAGUGACACCUAGGAGUAAUCUUGACGGAGCUCUCAAUGGAAGCAUUGCACAGUCUCAGGGAUUUACAGUGCGGCCAGUAUCAGUGAUACAAGCUGAAGGCCUGAAGGCAGUGUUUGAGUGUUUAUAUCCUGGUGCCCUGAGUCACAGUUGGGGGAUCAAUGGAAUGUACCCAGCUGAUAAUGCGUUUCCACCUAAUGUAACUCGUACCCUACCGUCUGGUGAUACUCCAGCAAGACUGGCCAUUCCGUCAACAGGCCAGUACAACAACACCGUGGUGCAGUGUAGGGCUGUGCUUGAUGUGGGAGGAGAUGUGAAGAUUGUGCAAACAUGUGAUGCUCUGUUGUUAGUACAAGGUCCAUUGGGUUCUGUUACUGGACUGACACUGGACAUGGUGACCUCUACUUCAGUGACUCUCGCCUGGGAUGCUCCCUUCUCUCUAGACCUCACCACAGCUGAGCCAGACAUACAGUAUUGUGUGGAUGUGCACAGUGUCCCUGGAGGACAACUGGUGGAGUCAUCAUGUGACAUCAUCGACACUAACUACACUUUCUCAACCAGUGAUCAAGACCAGUUAGUAUUUACAGUGACACCAAGAAGCAAUGUGGAGGGUAGUCUCAAUGGAACCUCCAGUGAACUAGUCGAACCUCCUUCGCAAGCUAACGACACGAUUACUGACAUCUCACCAUCGUCAUCUCUUCCUGAGUCUAUUCAACUACCCUCUAUUUAUACAAUAGCAGUGUCUUCAGGUGUAACUGCUGUGGUAGUUCUACUCCUACUCUUAGUCAUCGCCAUUUUAACAGCUGUUGUCGUAGUGAAACAAAAACAAAGGAACCACAAAGGUGAUGUUGUUGUAUCAGAUGGAAGAGUGGAUUUGUCAUCAACAUUGCCAGGAAUUGAGCAGCCUAACGAAGCUCAUGCUCCAGUGCUCAAUAAGAACAUUGCUUAUGAGCAGACACGGAUACCAAGACACAAUGAACACACCACCACCAUUGUCACCACGGUAGUAGCAAUGGAUAAUAUUGAGCCUAGUCAUGAGUACGAAGAAGUAUUACCUCAGGGACAUUUUUAGAACGAUUGAACAUCACUUCACAUCGAUUAAUGUGGCAACAUAAACCACAUCUCGCCCUCCAACCAUAGUAUAACUAUAACAUAAAGGUCAAAUUAUGCUAAUUUAGUACCCAAUUAUUCUCAAUUAUGCUAGUUGCUAGAAGUUAUUAUUAUUAGAACUAUUACUCCUGCUAGCAUAAUUUGCCAAGCGAGGGCUUCAAUCCAUAAUCACUCUGUUG